GUUGUGCAUUAACAAGUGUGAAAAUCAAACCGUUACCCUUAUUUAGAAGCAGGUAUUAGUAUCAUUUUAACACAAUGAAUUAUUACCUUAAUAUGCAAAAGGGUGUACCAUAAUGAUGUCAACAAAACAGUAAAUAAAUAACAGUGUAUAUAAGAACAUAGACUAGUAAUCCUAAAAGAAAAAAAAUAAAAAGAACAUAGACUAGUCAAUGGUGUGAAUUCUUCAGCUAGCAAGGUUAUCUUCUCCCAAGUAAAUAAAUAUGUUUGCUACAUUUUGAAUCACAACUUGACAAACAGCAUGGAAUUAAGCAAAUUGCUCUUCUUGUUGUUUCAACUGAUCAUUUUAGUAAUCCAAACCUCUGCCCAAUUUGAAUUCCUUUACAACAAGUGUGGAACCAAUUUCUCCACUCCCAGUACAUACCAAACAAACCUUAGAAAUGUCCUUAAUUCUAUCUCCUCAAACACCCAAAUCACAUAUGGCUACUACAACUUCACCGCAGGCCAUAAACCCAACAAAGUCGAUGCCACGGUCCUCUGCAGGGCCGACAUCUCCGUGGAUGCGUGUCAGCUUUGUGCCAGUUUCUCUGCUGCUACUAUCCAAACGGUCUGUCUUAACACAAAACAGGCAUUUGGGUAUUCUGAGAACUGUACUAUAUACUACACAGAUACCUCUGCAUUUCAUGUUUUAGCUGAUAGGCCAUUUUGGGCACUACGUUAUGAGGAGAAUGCUACUGAUAUCCCAAACUUUAAUAGCUCGCUUACUAAACUUAUGACCGCCUUACAGAACAAUGCUUCCUUAGGCAAUUCAGAGCUGAAAUUCGCUACUGGAAAGCUUAAUUUUUCUUCCAAUUCUAACCAAACCUUGUAUGGCCUUGUUCAAUGUAGUCCUGAUUUGUCUAGGCUUGACUGUGUUAAAUGUGUUCAAAACAUCACACUUAGUGUUUUUCCAGCGUAUUUUGUUACAUUUACUGAUGCAUCAUUAUUUAUGGCGAAAGGAGGGAGAGUCGUUUCGCCUAGCUGCUUUCUUCGGUAUGAACUCUACCCAUUUUAUGGUAAUGUGACAUAUGUAGCUGAACCACCAGGGCAACCGCCUGCAUCACCCGCUUCAAACAGAAAUAUUACUUCUGUAGAAGCUGGAAAUAGCAGCAAGUCUCAUAAGAUCAUUGUUAUCGUCGUACCAAUUGUGGGGUCAUUAGUACUCAUCAUAAUCAUAGCUUCAAUCUGCAUCUUACUAAGGAAGAAGAAGCCGAGAAAGGUUUCUGGAAAAUUUAAUAAGGAAGAAAUGGAUACUCUUGAUUCCUUGCAAUUCACUGUUGGGGCAAUUAAGGUUGCAACAGAGAAUUUUGCUGAUGAGAAUAAACUUGGCGAGGGAGGAUUCGGUACUGUUUACAAGGGAAAGCUUCCUGAUGGACAGGAAAUAGCAGUAAAGAGGUUUGAAAGGAAUGCAGUUCUUGGAGAAUUACAGUUCAAAAAUGAAAUUCUGACCCUUGCCAAGCUUCAUCAUAGGAACCUUGUGAGACUUAUAGGAUUCUGCUUGGAAGAAGACGAAAUGCUUCUUAUAUAUGAAUUUGUCAUUAAUAAAAGCCUUGACAAUUUCCUCUUUGAUCCAAUGGAACAUGCGCCUAUGCAAUGGCAAACACGUUACAACAUUAUCUAUGGUGUUGCAAAGGGACUCCUCUACCUCCACGAAGAUUCUAGACUGCGAAUUAUCCAUCGCGACCUCAAAGCUCCUAAUGUUCUACUAGAUGCUGAUUUCAUUCCCAAGAUUGCAGAUUUUGGCAUGGCAAAGUUAUUCAAGAUGGACCAAACUCAAGCACUUACAAGCAAAAUAGUUGGCACCCACGGAUAUAUGCCACCUGAAUAUUUGAUACAAGGUCAGGUGUCAUUAAAAUCAGAUGUUUUCAGCUUUGGUGUACUUGUUUUGGAGAUUGUCAGCGGUCAAAGUGUGAACUCUUUCCACAUAAACAAACAUUCAGAAAAUCUACUUGCCUUUACAUGGAAAGCUUGGCAAGAAGGCAAACCGUGGAGUGUUGUAGACCCUGCACUAUCCCCUGCUUCUAGUGAUGAGAUAUUGAGAUGCAUACACAUCGGCUUGCUGUGUGUCCAGAAUAACAUGGCUGACAGACCUAAUAUGUCUUCAGUUUCGCUUAUGCUAAGCAGCUUUUCUACAACUCUCAAAGUGCCUUCACAACCCGCAUUCUUCACAUUGAAUGUGUCUUCUCAAUGCGAUACCUCAGAUCAAUCCAAUAGCAGAUCAGGGUCCAUGAAUGAAGUAUCUGUGACAAAGCUCCACCCUCGAUAGUCCAUUAGUUCCAUAUGAGAGGCGAAAGCAUACACUUCACAGUUUAUAUAUGAUAUCAAUAAAUGGAGUUCUGCGAUGAAGCUAUUACUGCUUAUUGAAAUUCAUAUUCAAGUCUAGCUAGUAGCACUCAAACAUAUGAUUGACAAAUAGCUGCAAAUGUUGUGGUACCAGCUGAAUCCGGCACAAGGUGAAUAUAUGUCUAUUAUCACAAUAUUAUUGUGUUCAGGAAACGUUUAAGUUAGAUAU